AUGACUCACGGACGGCGGCGAUGUGUGGAGGCGACAGAGGCGGCGGAGGCGCAGGUCGCGGCGCCGUUCUUGGUCACGGACGGCGGCGAUUGCCGGAGGCAGCAGAGGUGGCGGAGGCGCAGGUCACGGCGCCAUUCUUGGUUGCGGACAGCGGCGAUGUCUCACGGCUCACGUACUUCCUUCUGCGGGCCGCGACGGGGAUACGACGCCUUCCUUCUGCGGACGGCGGCGUUGUCCUAUCGCAAGGGAAACGACGCCUUCCUUCUGCGGACGGCGGCGAUGUCCUAUCGCAAGGGAUACGACGCCUUCCUUCUGUGGGCCGCGACAAAACCUAACCGGGGAGGGCGGGGGAGGGAGAGGCGCAGCGGCGGCCCGCGGGGGAGGCAGGGAAGGGAGAGGCACGGCGACCGAGACGGCGGCCUGGGAUGGGGUGGCGGUGUUCUUGAACGGGACGACGAUGACGACGACGGAGCUGGGGAUGGGGCGAUGGCGACGGAGCCGGGGAUGGGGCGACGGGCGAUGGCGACGGAGCCGGGGAUGGGGCGACGGGCGAUGGCGACGGAGCCGGGGAUGGGGUGA